CGCGCGGCGGGCGGGUGGGCGCGGCCCGGCCCGGCCGCGGCGGCGGGAAGCGGGUGGCGCCUCGGGCGGCCGCCGCGGCCCGGCCAGGCCUGCGGCUGCGACGCCUUCGGGCGGGCGGCGGCGGGUUCUCGUUUCCCUUCGUCGCCCGGAGGAGUGACAAGAAGUUUGAAGACAUGGCUGGAAAACCUAAACUUUACUAUUUUGAUGGAAGAGGCAAAAUGGAGUCAGUUCGCUGGUUGUUAGCUGCAGCUGGGGUUGAGUUUGAAGAAGUGUUUCUGAAAACACGAGAACAGUACGAGAAGCUCCUGCAAGAUGGAGCCCUGCUUUUUCAGCAAGUGCCAAUGGUGGAGAUUGAUGGGAUGAAGAUGGUGCAGACUAGAGCCAUCCUCAGCUACAUAGCAGCAAAGUACAACCUCUAUGGGAAGGACCUGAAGGAGAGAACCCUAAUUGAUAUGUAUGUAGGAGGAACAGAGGACCUUAUGGCCUUUAUUAUGAGAUUUUACUUCUUAUCAGCUGAAGAUAAAGAGAAGGAACAUGCCCAUGUAAUUCAAGAGGCCACAAGCAGAUAUUUCCCAGCCUAUGAAAAGGUUUUGAAAGAUCAUGGACAGGACUUUCUUGCUGGCAACCGUCUUAGCUGGGCAGAUGUUCAUCUUCUUGAAGCCAUUUUAAUGGUAGAAGAGAAGAAGUCGGAUGUUCUGUCAGCAUUUCCUCGAUUACAGGCAUUUAAAGCAAAUAUAAGCAGCAUCCCCACAAUCAAGAAAUUUCUACAACCAGGAAGCCAGAGAAAACCUGUUCCUGAUGAAAAAUAUGUGGAGACCGUGGGAAGAGUUCUCCGGAAGUACUGAUCUGAAAGAAAAUUAGUAUGGCUGUCUAAAACAACAACUCUGCUUGGCUUAAGAAAACUAUCAAGAUUGUACGUGUGUAAUUAAACUCCACAGGGAAGGUGUAGGGACAUUCAGAAAGAGGUUAAACUAACAGUAUCUCAUGUUCUCUCACACAAAAUACAAUAUGCAAGUAUUUUUCAUAAUACUUUACUGUUAGUCUGUUUUUUCCUUCAUUCUUCUUGAGUGUUUUCUAGUAAUUUUAAGAGACGGAAAUGGCAGCAAGUAUACUGUCUUCCUAGGAACUUUCUGGAAGCGAGGGGAAAAGCAAAAGAGAAAGAAGUGUGAGUUGCUGUCUGACAGCUUCAGCACGUUCUGAUAUAUAUGAGGACUUUAUUCUGAGGUCCAGAUCAGAUUACAAUAAGAAGAUGGGUUCUGUUUCAGGCCUUUACUGAAUUUUUGGAUAUAACUGUAGGAAAAUGAGACAACUAGCUUUUAAGGAAAGGAGGGAGAUGCUUCUCUUUGGACACUAAUGACUUGCCUGAAAUAUCUGCAUUGUGCCUUCAAAAUUAAGUUGAUUCUUAAUUCAGCAGAAAAAAAGUACAAAAUCUGACUGACAAAUAUCAUUGCUGUGUAAUGCUGUAAUUGCUGUAUUUAGAGGACCUUUCUAAUCAAUAAACUUCAUAUUCUUAUGUGGUCAUGUUGACUUCAGCUUAUGAAUGGAAGUUGUAGCUUGUAAACUUUAUUUUUACUUCUCCUAGAGGAUACUUUAUGCUUGAUAUGAAGGGUUUUUUUGUUACCCCACGUGCUAUGGGCAUAUGCAUGAAGAGUCAUUUCAUUUUAUUUAGAAACCAGAGAAGAACAGAGAUGUGAAGGGGAGAUGGGAAUUAUACCAGGUUUGUGAUUGUUUAGUGUCUAAGUUUUAAUACUUGCCAAAAUAAAAAUGUGCUUUUUUCUC